AUGUCCAGCCCCGUUGAUUCCGUCGAUGCCGUUGGUUGGCCGGAGAAUGCCGACGCCCACGCUUAUAGGGUGACAACCAUGAGAAGCCGCUCAGACAGCCUUAACCCAAAUGGGAAUACGGUUCCCGCCUUUCAGCGUGCUGAUUUCUCGCGAUGUGGUCUUCCUUCUUAUUCGGGACCUGAAUACCUCUAUGGGUAUUUGAGAGGUUAUCUUCUCCUAUGA